CACACACACACACCACUUCUCUUCAUUUUUCUCCUCCUCGUCUCCUCGUCUUGUAUCAUCAUCACCUCUUCUUCCUUCUCGUCCUCUUCGUCCUUCUCACUUUCUCGCUGCCCACCUCCACCACUCCUGCAUUCACUCGUAAAAUCGCUCACUGCUUCAGAAACCAUGCAACUUUCAUAAGGCAGCAGUUUUCAUGCCUAGACCUGCUACAAGUCACGCUGCAAAUAUAACCACUCUAUAACACACUUACAUUCUCUCUCUCAUAUACAAACACACAUACACCCACACCAAUAUACCUACUACAUAACACAUCCAAACACGCUCACCAAUACACAUACGUACUCUCGCAAAUAAAAAACACACACACACACACACACACACACACACACACACACACACACACACACACACACACACACACACACACACACACACACACACUUAUAUCCACACAAAUUACAGCAGCCCUUCUCCACCUGUCCGUCACCGUCACCUUUGACAUCCGCUUUGCUCACUAACGUCCCUAUUCAGUUAUUUAUUUCACCUCCUACUCUAUACUUUUUCCUGCUUCUGUCGUGCGCCACAAUUCUCAUUUAUUUUAGAGGUGGUGGCAGCAGCAGCAACAGCAGCAACAGCGGUAGGAGGCAUUCAGUAGUGUCAACAGCGCUGCGUUUUCUCUCCCACGCUUUGCAUCCCUGUCACAAGUAAAACUCUAUUUGUGUGCGUGUGUGCGUGCCCCUGUGUGUAGGUGUGCGUGAGGGUCUAGGCAGGGGAGGACAGACGCGAGAGAGAGAGAGAGAGAGAGAGAGAGAGAGAGAGAGAGAGAGAGAGAGAGAGAGAGAGACGACUGAGGGGGACUGAGAAAGGCUAAAGAGUGUGUGAAGUAAGUGGAGAGGGAAGAGGAAGAAAGGUCAGAGGCGGGAAUCCGGCCAUUAGAAGAGGCGCUGGACGAAAUUAAGACACUGGUGGCGGAAGACUAGACGCUGGAGGAGGAGGAACUAGCGAGGGAGCCCCAGGAAAAGGGAGAAGAGGAGCACCACUAUCAGCAACAAGGAAGAAGAAGGAAGACCGGAGUAAAGGGAGGAAGGAGAGUAAGAAGAGGGCACGCCUGGUUGGGGCGAGGCAAGAUGAUGACGCUAGUGAAGAGGGUGGUGGUGGUGGCGGCUGCCGUGCUGGUGGUGCGGGUGGCUGUCAGGGCGGAGCGGCAGCUUGCUACACCUGACCAAGAGCUGCCGCCCGUGUUCCUGGAGCCUGUGCCCAACGUGACGGUGGCGGUGGGGCGCGACGCUUCCCUCACCUGCUCCGUGGACAACCUGGGUCAGCAUAAGGUGGCAUGGAUUCACCUGAACCGGAAGAUGAUAGUAAGCAUUCACAACCACGUCAUCACACGCCAGCCUCGCUUCACGGUCACUCACGACUCCCACAAGACCUGGACUCUGCACGUGCGCCAGGUCACCCAAGAGGACCGCGGCCAGUACAUGUGUCAGGUCAACUCUGCGCCCAUGAUCAGCCAGCAAGGGUAUCUGCAGGUGGUGGUGCCGCCUAACAUCAUGGACAGCAACAGCAGCAAGAGCAACAUCGUAGUGCGUGAGAAGGAUAAUGUCACGCUAAGUUGUCACGCUGAUGGCUUCCCGCUCCCGGUCAUCAAGUGGCGGCGGGAAGAUGGGCGUGCUAUACAGACAUCAGACGGGAGGAAAGUGCACCAACUUGACGGGGCCAUGCUGGGGCUGCGGCAGGUGAGCAGGACACACAUGGGCGCCUACCUCUGCAUUGCCUCCAAUGGGGUGCCGCCUUCCGUCAGCAAGCGCAUCACCCUGGACGUGGAGUUCGCGCCACAGAUGCACGUGCCCAACCAGCUGGUAGGGGCGCCGCUGGGGACUGAUGUGCAGCUGGAGUGCUUCGUGGAGGCACACCCGCGGGCCAUCACUUAUUGGGAGUACCGGGACGCCAUGGUGAUGAACACAACGCGCAUCACCACCCACACCCUGGAGGACCACUACAAGAUCCACAUGGUGUUGUCCAUCAGGGAUCUCCGGGACGAGGACUUCGGCAUGUACAAGUGCAUCUCCAAGAACUCCAUUGCUGAGACGGACGGCUCCAUUACCCUCAACAAAACCUUCCGCCCCACAUCGCCGCCCACUAAAAUCUCCCGCCCCGGCUUUCUCGAGGAGGAGUUCGGCUACAGGUCACGACGGCCGGGCAAGAAGGAGGAACGACGGAACCAGGACAUGGAGGAGUCAACGCGGAGGAUGCAGGAGGAGGAGGAGGAGAAGCGGCGGCGGGAGGAGAAAAGGAGACUGUCGCAGGAGCUGGAGAGGAAGGAACUGGAACACGAGUUUAACAGAGGUCACCGAGGAGACAGCGGCCCUAGGGUCACUCAGUCUGCCGGAGUGAGCGGCACGGAGGGCAGCAGCAGGACCCUCGCCGCGCCAGUGCACGUGCCCGCCGUCUGCACGUGCAUCCUUCUGCUUCUCCUUCGUCAGCAGCACCUCUAACGCCUCUCACCACCACAAACCACCCCACCACCACUAUCCCGCCACAGCCUCCACUACCCCGCCACUGUUGUUGCUUGUUCACCACUGCUAAAAAGAAUUUUAAAAAAGCACAAAAAAAAAAAACAUUAAAGGUGGAAGGAGGACAGUUUCCAACACCUUCCCCUUCCUUCCUUCCUUCCUCACCGCGGACUGUUUCACAUUUACGGGUAGAAGAAUUUUCUCUCCCACGGGAAUAAACACAGUCCCUGAGGGUGUGUGUGUGUGUGUGUGUGUGUGUGUGUGUGUGUGUGUGUGUGUAAAUAUUACUUACGUAUCAGUCUUGUAUAUCUUAUCAUGUAAAGUCAUUGUGUCAGAUAUUAUUAUGUGUAAAUAAAAGGUAUUGUUUCAAACUUACUUAUAUGUUUUUAAUACUGUAAUCCCCUAACAUCAGUAGCUGUGGAAGUAGGAGGAGGAGGAACAGCAGUAGUAUCAGUAGUAGUUGGAGUAGUAGUUAUUGUAGGAGCGGUGAUGAUGAAGGUUGAAU